UUCCUAUUCCUAUCUCAUGUUAAGAUAAUUAUUUGGAAAAGUAUUAUAUUGAGUAAAGGAAUGUUUCCUUAUUUCCUUUUCCUACCUUAAUUAGGAUUUAUUGAUGUAUUAUAAAUAUUCCGUCGUUCAUAAUUCAUUAGUUAGGUUAAGAUUUGGAGAGAGAGAGGCGCAAAAACAUGGGAGAAAGAAAAGUGUUGAACAAAUACUACCCACCAGAUUUCGAUCCAGCCAAAAUCCCUAGGCGAAGGCAGCCCAAGAAUCAGCAAAUCGAAGUUACUAUGAUGCUGCCAAUGAGUAUUCGGUGCAAUACUUGCAGAAAUUACAUCUAUGAAGGAACCAAAUUCAAUUCUAGGAAAGAAACCGUUAUUGACGAGACAUACUUGGGCAUCAAAAUAUUCAGAUUCUAUUUCAAAUGCACAAAUUGUUCUGCUGAGCUGAUAAUAAAGACAGACCCACAGAACACAGGCUAUGUAGUUGAAGCAGGUGCAACACGGAAUUUUGAACAAGUUGAUAAAGAGACGACGAAACGAGUUGCAGAAGAUUUGGGAGAUGCAAUGAAAUCUCUGGAGAAUAGAACCUUAGACUGUAAGCAAGAAAUGGAUAUUAUGGCAGGCCUUCAUGAACUCAAGUCCAUGAAGUCAAGGCAUGCGACAGUUAGUGUAGAUGCAAUGCUAGAGGCGUUGCAGCGCACGGGGAAAGAUCAGGAGUUGAAGCUUGACGAAGAGGAUGAGGCACUGAUUAAAACAACAUUUAAUAACCGCAAAGAGUAUGUGCGAAGGAUUAAUGAUGAAGAUUGGGAUGAUGACAUAGCAAAUGACACAGUGAAGAAACCUAAACUGUCUGAAGAUGUAAGUAAACCAACAGAUGUGUUGACAAAGAACAAUUCGACUGAAGACUCGAAACCAACUUUGCAGCCUCCAGCAGUAAAAUUUACGGUGAAAAGAAAACAGCUGAAAAACCAGAAGACAAAUAACCUGUAAAGAAGGAAGAUACUAUACUUUGCUACCUAUGCAUAAAUUUACUAGCUCAAUUUUUCAUCUCGUGAAUUUAAUAGCAGCAAUUUUGUAACUUUACUCUGUGUAGAACAAACAUGUUCUAUGAAGUAUUUAACUAAGCUGAAAUUAGCAAAAUAUAAUUUUCUUAUUA